GCGAAGGGGGCGUGAGCGGAUAGAGACGGCAUCAAUCUUUCAGCACUGUCAACGAUGUACUUUAGAAGAGAAGAGCUCCCCUCAUCCAUCAGAGCAUCACUGGCACAAAACUGAAAAUAGAUAAGUUUGUCAUCUUUAAUCCACUUGGAAACCCGACAGCUGCUGCUAUGUUGGGCAGGACAGCUUUGAGCAGAGGUGUGACUACUCACCACCUCAGUAAAAAUGUCACUUUGUACAUGAAUGAACUAGCAUCUCCUGCGUCAGGAUGUCAGACCAAAGCCUCUGAAGAUAAUAAACCACUUACGCUAAUGCUGCCGUGGUUGGGAUCGCGUCCGCAAGCUGUGGCCAAGUAUUGUGAAAUCUACUUCCGCACCGGUUUUGAUGUGCUCGUAGUGGAGAGUGAGGUGAAAGAGUUCCUGUGGCCUCGCUGGGGUCUGGAUCAUGGAAAGAGUUUGCUGGAGUUGCUCAACAGUGAACGCUUUGUGUCCCGCCCACUGCUUGUCCAUGCCUUCUCCAUUGGUGGCUACACAUUUUCUCAGCUGCUGGUACAUGUGUCCAAGGACACACAGAAAUAUCAAGAUCUCACAAACAGGAUCAAAGGCCAAGUCUACGACAGCUUGGUGGUUGGCUCCCUGGAGACGAUGGCUGUAGGUCUUGGUAAGACUGUAUUUCCUCGUUGGGAGACACUGGUAAAACAAGUAAGCCUGUUAUACUUUCGAAUGUUCAGACGGCAAACAGUUGACUACUUUAACAUGGGCAUCGAUGCGUUUUGGAACAGUCCCGUCACUGCUCCUGCGCUGUUCUUCUUUUGCAAGAACGAUCCGCUGAGCGACCCACAAGCUUUGGAGGAAUUGAUUGAUUUCUGGCAGAAACGCGGGAUCAACAUAACAGCAAAGAAAUGGGAGGAUUCAACACAUGCAGGUCACAUAAAGAGGCACCCACAAGAGUAUGUGACCACCCUAGACAUGUUCCUCCAUUCACUCCACAUCGCCCCUCUGAAGGCCAAGAUGUAAAAGGGCUUCAGCCAAACCUGAUAUUAUCUUGAGUUUGCCUGUUUUCUGUGUGUAACUGGAAAGGUUUGCUCUCCUACAGUGUGUUACAGGGGCAGUGAAAAUGAAUUUUGGGAAAAUGCAUCAAUUUAAUUUACAUUAAAUAUUUAAUGUAGGUGGAGUAAUGCGAUUCUGUUCAGUUUACAAAGCAGAGCUCAUGGUACGACACACUCAGGAUACUUUAAAUGAAGUUUGACAAACAUUUCUUAUUUAUUCCUCCUCAUGCAAAAAAUGUGCGACUGCACUCUCAGGUUUUCAUUUAGUUUUGUAAAAUUAUGUAUAAUUAUUAGUACUAAUUGAUCAUUUUGGUGACAAAUCACAAAAAAUAAUAACUAAAUCACAUAUUUUUACAAGCAAACCAUCAUAAAACCAAACUAAAGAAUACAUAAGAAUGUCCUUGUGAGCAUAAAGAACACAUAUCUUAACAUUACCCAAACACCUUAGUUGGCCCUGAACCUUAAUUUCCAAAGCAAAUGAGUUGAAUGCUGUUGUUCAUUUGCAUUGUUAAAGUCAUAGCUAUUUUUAGAGGUUAAAUGACUGCAAACAAAGUCAAUAGAAAGAUCUGGACAGAGAUAGCCAAAAUAACAGUCAGUCAUCCAGGUAAAGGUAUAUGCAGAAGUGCUAAGUCAAGGGCAACUGGACUUGCUGAUGCUUCUUGAAGAGAUUUCGUACCUUCAUCGCUUCCUCAGUGCUGAAACAGUAAACUUCACUGGGAAUUUAAUAAUUAUAAAUUACUAUAAAUAAACACAUAGAACAAAAAAAACAUGAACAUAUAUAUUAAACUUGAUUUAAGAAAAAGGAUCACAUAUACAUAAAAUGCUACCUAUAUAACUAUAUCAGCACCUAUAUAUAUAAAAACAUUGGUGCAUAUUGGACAACAUAUACGCCAAUACUGAUAUAUCUGUGAUAGGCCAGUAUUGGCCGAUAAUAUUGGCUGACUGAUAUAUCAGUCAGGCUCUAGUCAAAUUCACUUCACUUUCUAUCUAAAUGCAUCAUGAUCGUUGUCUUGGAGGGAGACAGUAUAGAGACGCUCCAACUUUUUAAAAAACCUGCUCCAAAUGUGAACUGCUUGAAUAGACAAUUGCUAAGAGCUAUAGUUGCUUUUGAACUCAAGCAAUAUCAACAAAAUCAGCUACAUGAUGAGAAUUGCCAUGCUUUGUAUCGCAAAAUAUUGUGCCAUGAUAUUUUCUCACUCUCCUAAUUUAAACUGAAGUAUAUAUUUAAAUACAUUUAAAUAUUUCUGCUUUUGGUUACUGCUUCAUAUAGUAUGAACACAAGAAAACAAGAAAACGUUUGCUGUUACUGUAGGUGUGUCUUGCCAGGUUAUGUUCCAAGACACUGGAAGUAAUAAUAUUGUUUUAUAUCUGGCAGCAGCAGGUAGUUUAGAAUACACAGAAGAAAAAUAGCUGAAAGACUAGUGUUCAAAAUUUUAAAGUCUCCAUCCACUCAGAUAUGUGUUUUUCUUCUUGUUACUUCAGUUGGUUGUUUGAGCUUCAUUGUGCUGAAUGAUAUUCAACACUAGAAAUCUGUUGAAGAUGGAAAGUUUCUCUGUUCUUGUCUGAAAUUUGAGUUGAAGGUGUGUACCUACAAGCAUGAUUUGUGACUUCACAACUAGUUUGGAGCCAAUCGGGCGAGUAUGCAAAUUACAAAAGUGUG